AUGGCAGAAUACUGGAAAUCAGCACCAAAAUUCUGGUGCAAGCAAUGCAAGAUCUACAUCCGUGACACAGCCUUCGAGAAGACGCAACACGAAGCGACAGCAAAACACCAAAGCAACCUGAAGCGCUUCCUACGAGAGAUCCACCGCGACAACGAACGGUCACAACGCGACUCACAGCGCGCAAAGGAUGAGGUCGAGCGAUUAAGGCAGUCUGUUGCCGGUGGCGGUGGAAAAGCCGGGGAUAAUCAGUCAUGGAAGAAAUCGGCCUCUUCAACAUCCGCACCCGCGUCGCAAAGGCCGGUCUCGGUGGAAGAGCGCAAGAAGCAGAUGGCGCAGCUGGCGGAGAUGGGAGUUGCUAUUCCAGACGAGUACCGGCGUGAUUUGGCGCUGGCGGGGGAUUGGCAGACCGUCUCGGAGAAGGUAAUACGACCGGCGGAAGAGGAGGACGGGGAAAAAGUGCCUACGUUGGGGGUUCGGAAGCGGAAACAUGAUCAGGAUAUAGAUGAGGAGGAAGAGGAAGCGAAAAGGGAGGCUGAGCGGUUUGUUAGUAAGGGUUGGGGGUCGAGGACGAGGCGGUACCCUGGGGCGGAGGGUGAGGAUGAGGAUCUAGAUGCGCUGUUGGCGUCUACGAAGGAGGUGAAGAAGCUCAAGGAGUCGGAAAUCGAAGAGGAUUCGGCUGAGAAUACGACCGCGGAAGAAGAACCACAAAAGGAGGAUAAACCGAGCGAUGAAGUGCCGCCCAAGGAAGAGGAACCAUCAGCUGCCGGCGGCGUGGUAUUCAAGAAGCGCAAGCCGAAAGCAAUGAGAAAAUAG